AUGGUGAGUCGAUAUCAUGUGAUCUUAGUGUUGGCAAGUGUUUUAGCCGUUCUGUCAAUUGCUGCUAUUGUCACAUUGAUUGUACUUUGGUUAACUGUACUGACACCAUUUGAAGAUUAUUCUCUCGUAAUUGAUGCUGGCUCGUCGCAUUCAACUAUAUUUGUUUACAAGUGGCCAGCUGAUAAAUCAGAUGGACUUGGUACAACAUCUCGAGUCAGUCAAGUGAUAUCGCGUGAAGUUGCUGGUGGACCUAUAUCAUCGAUUACUGAUACAACAGAAAAUGGUACUAGGCAAUACUUUAAUGCGGCUAUGAUCGAAUGUCUGAAUGUCAUUCCAUCCAACCGAAAAAGUCGAGCUUUAAUCUUUCUCGGUGCAACUGCUGGUCUUCGACUAUUCAACAUCACAAGUCCGGAUUAUAUCAAUCGUUUGUUGAAUGCUACUCGUGCAUAUUUCGGUACACUUGGCGUGCUAUUUGGCGCACCUGAAUUUCAAGUGCGCAUCAUCGAUGGAAGUGAAGAAGGUUUAUCAGGAUGGAUAACAGCCAAUAUUCUUUUGCAUCAAUUGUAUGACAAUAAUGUGCCAUUGCAAACAUACGGUGUUGUUGAUAUGGGUGGUGCCAGUACUCAAUUGAGUUUUAUUGCUCCACAAGCGACAAGUGAACAUUACCUUAUGAAUCUAUUUGAUACAGAUUAUGAUGUAUAUUCACAUUCGUAUCUAUGCUAUGGUCAAGAUCAGUUACGUCUCAUCUAUCAAGGACAACUAGUACAGCAAGCAAAUGGAUUAAUUUCAAUUGAUGAUCCGUGUCUUCAAUCCGGUUACAUUCAAAACAUAUCAUAUUCUAGUAUAAGUGGAACGGCUUGUGCCAUCGGUCGAUUGACAACACCAACAGGUGUUAAUAGUACAUCUUUGAUCACAUUCAGAGGUACUGGUAAUUAUUCAGCAUGUCAAGAACUAAUGCGUGCACGUCUGAACAAAACAGCUUGUUCAACAAAUGGAAAUUGUAGUUUCGACGGUGUUUAUCAACCGAUUCCAAUAUCCUCAUCAUUAAAAUUUGUUGCCUUUGCGGCAGUUUUCUAUGCAUUUGACACAUUGGCACCGUUCGUACCAAUUUCUAGUGAUUCAUAUGGAAACUAUGAUCUUUCAACAACGAAUCUAACACAAAUCAAAGCAGCAAUUGCCACGGUAUGCAAUCAACCUUGGUUGAAUGUAACCAACGCCACACGAUUUCGACCGUUCUUAUGUUUUCAAACAAUGUACCACUGGACACUGUUCGAAUAUGGUUACGCAUUGACCGAGAGUAAUAUAAAAAACUUUCAAAUUGUGAAUAAAAUCAACUCAAAUGAUAUUGGUUGGACGUUAGGCUACAUGAUUAAUCAAACCAAUCACUUAAGUCCUGAGUAUCGACCUUCACGUUUAUUAACACAAGCAGAAUUCAUUGGAAUACUAAUAUGUUUUAUCGUAUUGCUAGUAAUCAGUUUAAUUGUGCUAAUUGGUGCUAUUGUUAUUUACAAACGACAAGAAAAUCCUCAAACAAAUGAUCAAAUGUGA